AUGGAUUAAAAUUAUAUUGAUAAAUAAGUAAAAUAAGGAAAAAUCAUUGUUGUAAUCAAGAAAUUAGUAUAUGAUUUGACAGAGUUCAAAAUCAGACAUCCUGGAGGCUUUAAAAUUUUAGAAAAAUAUAAUGGAUAUGAUGUUACAAGGCAGUUUGAAGUUGUAAUUCGACACAGCGAAAAGGCCAAAGAAAUGAUGAAAGAAUUUUUCAUAGGGUCCUUUCAAGAUCGUAAAUAAAAGGUUUCAUGGGAGCAUAUAAGAUCAAAUUAAGAAAAACUAUACAUUGUGAUCUAAAAUAAUCUAUAUGAUUGCACAGAGGUAUUAAAAGAAUUUAUUUGUUAGUUUGCAGAUAAUCAUCCAGGAGGAAAAGAAAUAUUGUUAUUAUAUAAGAAUUAAAAUGCCACAGAAGCAUUUAAAAGACUUGGCCACAGUUAAGAAGCAAAAGAGAAAAUGGAUUUGUAUAAAAUUGGUGAAUUAGAACAUAAAGUAAUAAAAAUCAUAUAAUAGAAAGCUGAGGGGAAUUCCUAAAGAUGGCUUUUGUUUUUUAUAGGACUAGUAAUUGCUUAUAUUUACAAGAGUAUUGCUUAUUGA